AUGCUAAGUUUUAAAGUUAUUUUACCAGAUUAAUCGGAAGGUCAAUAUCAAAUUACUAAAACCUCAAGUGUUAAAUAAUUUGUCUAAUUCAUAAAAGAAUAGAAUAAUGAUAAAGAUUGGAAUAAAUAUGAACUAGAGUUAUAUUUAUUUGAUCAAUGCUUAAAUGAAGAUGGAUAAGUAGAUAAAAUUAUAUGUAGUCCAGAAAAUGAUUACUUAACUUUGAAAGUAAAAAAAGGGGAAAGAAUUAAAAGAUUGCAAACAUUUUUUGUUUCUGCUUUGUAGAAAAUUUAGAAAAAAACUGAAGCAGAUAUGACAGGUCUUAAGAAGGCUUUGAAAAAAAGUUCAACAAUAUAAGAAUUACCAAAAUAAACAGAAAAAAAGAAUGUAAAAAAGUUAUUAUCCUUUUUUGUAAAUGCUUCUCAUAAAAUUGCUGAGAUGUCUAGAUAAAAAACUUUAAAUUUUACUGAAAAAGUUUAAUAAAAUGAAAAAGCUAAACAUAUGACUUAUAGUUAGGAUCCUAGUAGAAUAAAUUAGGAAGAGGAUCCAUUAAAAAAUAACAAUGAUACUGUAUUGGGUUUAUUGGAUCAUUUGGAAAAACCAAACAAUUAAAAUUUUUAUUUAAAAAAUAAUGAUACUUAAAUAAAACCUAAAUCAUUAAGUCCAGAAGCAAGAAAAUAUUUAGAGAGAAAGAAGAAAGCAAUAGAGAAUUUGAAUGAUCCUAUUUAAUAAGCUAAAGCAAAAUAAUUAGUUGCUGAAUUGAAGAGGUAAAGAAAAGAAUUAGAAGAAAGAAAGACUAAAUAAUAACAUAAUGAAUCUGAUUAAUUGGAAGAAAGUAUUGAAAAAUAUAAAAUGGAAAGAGAAUAAUAUAAGGAACAUCUUAAUUAAGAAAAGAGAAUAAAAAUUAAAGAAAGAUUGUAAGAAAUGUAGAAACAUUAAGAAAUAUAGCUAUAAAAAAAUUAAGAAUAAAAAAAUCUUAUUUUAGAAUUAAAAAAUAAAGAAAGAGAAAAAAAGAAAUAAAUAGAAGAAAGAGAAGAACUAUUAAAAAAAUAGUAUUAUGAAGAUGCAAAAGUAACUUAUUUUUAUAUUAUUCAAGCUAAAAUUAUAACAAAGAAAAAAAUUAGCUAUUCCUAUUAGAUUAGAAGAAAUUAAUAAACAUGAGGAGGAUUAUUUAAAUAAAAAGUAGUUGCUCAAGUUAGAAAAAGAUCAAAAAAAAAUAGAAAGAGAGAUUGUGAUUUAAUAAGAAACAAAAUAGAUUUAUAAAGCUAAGUAAAUUUUAUAAAAAGUCAUGGAUGUUGAUUAGAAAUUUAAAAACAAAGAAAUUGUUGAAAAAUAACAAAAAGCAGAAAAAAUAUUAAGAAAGUAGAAAUAUGCUGAAAUAGUUAAAGAAUAUCAUAAACCAAACAUUAAAAUUUAAACUGAUAUUCAAUUUAGCAGAGCUGUACAUAAUAAGUCAGAUAAUUCACUUUAAGAGGAAUACAUUGAGUAUAAAAUUUUAAUGAUUUAAUUAGUUUUUUAAAAGAAGGAGAAGGAAAAUCAAGUUAAACAAAAGUAGAUUCAAUUCGAAAUAAAUUAUAUAGAUAAGCAUAAUAAGGAUCAGGUAUUAUUGUUAAUGAUAAUAGAAAAGAAUGUUCAUAAAAUUCAAAAUGUUUUAAAUCUUCAAAAGGUAAGCAAAACGAAAGUGACAGAAUCCUUGUAAAAAGGUUUUGUACCAAGUCCUUCCCUUUAUUAUUAACCAAAGGGAAUGAAAAGUGAAGUUUAAGUGGAAGAAUAAUAAAAGAAAAAGCCUAUAAAUUAUCUAAAAGAAUUAGAAGAGGAAAGAAAGAAUUAAUAAUAAGGAAAAGUAGGAUAGUUGAAAAGUCAUAGUGUUCCAAGAUUAUAAUAAGAUUAUAGAUCAAUUAUGGAGAGAGGAAAAAGGUACGAAAAAGAAGCAUAAAGAAAAGAACAUGAGGCAUUCUAUUUAAAUGAUGAUAAACUGAAAGAAGAAGCAGAAGAUUUAUUUUUGAAAAGUGUUUAAGAAAAGAUAAGAUUCUUAGAGAAGAUUUGA